ACAAAAAUACUUGCUUAGCCUGAAAAGCCCUAAACCCAGCCAACAUCUAUCUCUAUCUCUCUCAUUGGAUGUGUCUUAAAAAUUCCAACUCAGCCGAAGAACUGAACCCGCCAUGGCUUUCACUUCCACUCUCAAGUACCACACUUGGUUUCCCUUCCACCACCACCUCGCCUCUCACAAACCCACCUCCAAUUCCACUCUUUCUUUUGCUACCACUAACCAUGAGCCGCUCACCACGACCACCAACUCAGCAAUCCGUCUAUCUCCCAAUUUCACUCCAACCCAACUCCUCCACUCCCUUCGCAGCGAAGAAGACUCCUCCGCCGUGAUUCACCUGUUUUACUGGGCCUCAAAGCAGCCAAAUUUCAAGCCCAGUUCAUCCAUCUUCAAGGAAGUUCUUCAUAAACUUGGUAAAGCAGGUGAAUUUGAUGCAAUGAAAGACAUCUUGAAAGAAAUGAAGAUUUAUUUGUCUGUCAUUGAUAAUGACUCUUUACUUGUUUUUAUUGAAAGUUAUGCCAGUUUUGGAUUAUAUAAUGAGAUUCUUCAGUUCGUUGAUGCGAUGGAAGUUGAAUUUGGGGUAGUGGCGAAUACCCACUUUUAUAAUUUCUUGUUGAAUGUUCUUGUUGAUGGAAAUAAGUUGAAGUUAGUUGAAAUUGCGCAUUCUAAUAUGGUUAGUAGAGGAAUUAGGGCUGAUGUUUCGACUUUUAAUAUUUUAAUUAAAGCUUUGUGUAGAGCUCAUCAAAUUAGGCCAGCCAUUUUGUUGAUGGAGGAGAUGGAAGAUUUUGGUUUGUUGCCGGACGAGAAAACGUUUACUACUAUAAUGCAAGGGUUUAUUGAGGAAGGGAAUUUAGAUGGUGCGAUGAGAGUGAAAGAGCAAAUGGUGGAAGCUGGAUGUGUUGUGACUAAUGUGACUGUUAAUGUUUUGGUUAAUGGGUUUUGCAAAGAGGGAAGGAUUGAGGAGGCGUUGAGGUUUAUAGAAGAGAUGUCGUUGAGGGCGGGAUUUUUUCCAGACAAGUAUACCUUUAAUAUGGUGGUUAAUGGGUUGAGUAGGACAGGUCAUGUUAAGCAUGCUUUAGAGGUUAUGGAUAUGAUGCUCAGGGAAGGGUUUGAUCCGGAUAUAUACACGUAUAAUUCUUUGAUUUCAGGUUUGUGUAAGCUGGGUGAGGUUGAUGAGGCUGUGGAAGUUCUCAACCAGAUGAUUGAGAGGGAUUGCUCGCCGAAUACGGUUACUUAUAACACUAUUAUUAGUACCUUGUGUAAGGAGAACCAAGUUGAAGAGGCUACAAAACUUGCUCUUGUCUUGACUGGUAAGGGGAUUUUACCAGAUGUUUGUACAUAUAAUUCUCUUAUACAAGGUUUGUGCUUGAGUCGAAAUCAUACCGUUGCAAUGGAAUUGUACAAGGAGAUGAAGACUAAAGGGUGCCAUCCUGAUGAGUUUACCUACAAUAUGUUGAUUGACAGCCUUUGUUUUAGAGGGAAGCUUCAGGAAGCUCUGAAUCUGCUUAAGGAAAUGGAAGCGAGUGGCUGUGCAAGAAAUGUUAUAACGUAUAAUACUUUGAUUGAUGGGUUUUGCAAAAACAAGAGGAUUGCAGAAGCAGAGGAGAUCUUUGACCAGAUGGAACUCCAAGGGGUUUCCAGAAACUCAGUGACCUACAAUACCCUUAUUGACGGUCUUUGUAAGAGCGAGAGGGUGGAGGAGGCUUCUCAAUUGAUGGACCAGAUGAUAAUGGAAGGGUUGAGGCCUGACAAAUUCACCUACAAUUCUCUGCUUACGUACUUCUGCAAGGCAGGGGACAUAAAAAAAGCAGCAGAUAUUGUUCAAACUAUGGCUUCCGAUGGGUGUGAACCAGAUAUUGUCACAUAUGGGACCUUGAUUGCAGGACUGUGCAAGGCAGGUAGAGUUGAGGCUGCAACUAAGCUCCUCAGAACCAUUCAAAUGAAAGGCAUAAAUCUGACCCCACAUGCCUAUAACCCUGUAAUUCAAGCACUAUUUAGACGGAAGAGAUCAAAAGAAGCCGUGAGACUUUUCAGGGAAAUGAUAGAGAAGGCUGAGGCUCCAGAUGCUGUCACAUAUAAGAUUGUUUUCCGUGGGCUGUGCCAGGGUGGAGGACCAAUUGGAGAAGCUGUUGAUUUCGUUAUGGAAAUGCUAGAGAGAGGAUAUGUACCUGAAUUCUCAUCUUUCUAUAUGCUGGCCGAGGGACUCUUUUCUUUAGCUAUGGUGGGAACCCUGAUUAAGCUCAUUGAUAUGGUAAUGGAGAAAGCAAAGUUCACAGACAAUGAAGUAACCAUGAUAAGGGGUUUCCUCAAGAUUUCGAAGUACCAAGAUGCCUUGGCCACCCUAGGAGGCAUCCUGGAUAGCAGAAAGCCCAACAGAGCUUACAGAUGAAGAGGAGAUAGUAAAAGCUUCAACGUCCCACUCUUGCUCCCUUGAAUCCAGUAGAUGUUUUCUUUUUGUGGCUUAUUAAGGAUGCCGUGUUAACAUAUAGUUUGGUUUUAUAUGUCUUGAUUUUAUUUUCCAAGCCUGUUUUGCUGCAAAUUAUGUGGUUUUAUGAAUUUUACCCUCAUUUCAUGAUUUCUGGCA